CCGCUAGCGGGCCGGGCCGCAGGAAGCCGCGCUCCGCUGGAGUGGAGCCGCCCCUCCGCCGGGCCCGGGCGAGCCGCCACGCACCAGGCAGUGAUUGUGACUCCUGGUUCCCAGUACCAAGGGAAGACCACUUCUCUGCUGGGGCAGAGGUGGAGCCGGAGCCCCCAUCUCUGCUCUGCUCCGCUCUGCUCGAGUCUUCUGGAAUGGACCUACCUGCUGGGAAACCAGGUCACCCUUGUUCCUGGGCUUGCCUGCCUCCCGGAGAACACAGGCGGCCCGGGCAGUAGGAGCAGUGGCCGCGAGGCUGUGGCGGCAGCACUUGGAGCCGAGGAUGCCCCAGGCCCUGGAGUGUUCGGAGGGCUGCUGGGCCUGGAUGGUGCUCCUGGCCUCUGUGGUGACCCAGGGCCUCACCCUGGGCUUCCCCACAUGCAUCGGCAUCUUCUUUGCUGAACUGCAGCGUGAGUUCCAGGCCGGCAACAGCGAGACCUCCUGGUUCCCGUCCAUCCUGACAGCCAUGCUCCACGCAGGGGGACCCUUGUGCAGCAUCCUGGUGGGACGCUUCGGCUGCAGAGCGACGGUGAUGCUGGGCGGCGUGCUGGCCAGCCUGGGCAUGGUGGCCGGGUCCUUCUGCUGCACCCUCGGCCAGCUCUACCUCACGGCAGGCUUCAUCACAGGCCUGGGCAUGUGCUUCAGCUUUCAGUCAAGCAUCACUGUGCUGGGAUUGUACUUCACCCGCUGGCGGGUGCUGGCCAACGCGCUGGCCUCGGCGGGCGUCUCCCUGGGCAUCAUGCUCUGGCCACUGCUCUCCCGCUAUCUCCUGGAGGACCUGGGCUGGAGAGGCAGCUUUCUCAUCUUCGGCGGGGUUCUCCUCCACUGCUGUGUCUGUGGGGCCAUCCUGAGGCCUGUGCCUGCCCGUGUGACCCCUGAGACCAGAGAUGGCCUCCCUCCACCUUCCAGGAGACCCGCACGAGGCUGCCCGGCAGCAUGCGGUCGGGCCAUCCAGCGCCACCUGGCCUUCGAUGUCCUGCGGCACAACGUGGGCUACCGCGUGUACACACUGGGAGUCGCCUGGAUGAUCAUGGGUUUCCCGCUGCCCCACGUCUUCCUGGUGCCGUAUGCCAUUUGGCACGGGGUGGAUGAACACAGGGCAGCCCUGCUCAUCUCCAUCAUUGGCUUUAGCAACAUCUUCCUGCGGCCCAUGGCUGGGCUGGUGGCAGGCCGGCGGGACUUUGCCAGUCACCGCAAGUACCUGUUCAGCCUGGCGGCCCUGCUCAACGGGCUCACCAACCUGGCGUGCGCAGCGUCGGCCGACUUCCGGGUGCUGGUGGCCUACUGCCUGGUGUACAGCGUGUCCAUGAGCGGCAUUGGUGCUCUCCUUUUCCAGGUCCUCAUGGACAUUGUCCCAAUGGACCGGUUCUCCAGCGCCCUGGGCCUCUUCACCGUCCUGGAGAGCAUCUCCAUCCUCAUCUCCCCGCCACUGGCUGGACUCCUCCUAGACACCACCAGCAACUUCAGCUAUGUUUUCUACAUGUCAAGUUUCUUCCUCAUCUCAGCCGCCCUCUUCAUGGGUGGCAGUUUCUGGGCCCUGGGGAAGAUGGAGAGGCAGGGUCCGCAGGCUGAGGUGCAAGGAGCUGUAACAGAGGCUGCCCCAGAGCAGGGCCUCACUAUGGAGGACACAGACGGUCCCAAGAAGCGGCUGCGCGUGGAGAUCAUGUAUGUGACCAGCGUCUGAGGCCCGGGAUCACUCACAUGUGUGACCGGCAUCUGAGCCCUGAAGUCAGUGAGUCCUGCCUCAGCCCAGGAAUGUCCAGCUACUUCGCCAGAGGCUGGGGUGAAGGGCUGCCCAGAAAGCCUGAACCAAAGGCCAUCUGGGUUCUGCACGUCGGGACUCAGCCAGGAGUUGGGACCUUAGAGGCUGACCUCCAGAGGCUCGGGGUUCCUUCUAACCAGCAGAAUCCAGGAGCGGAUCCUCCUGACUUUUUUGCUGGGGCAUCAGAGUACCCGGGGCCCAGGAAGGUGGGUCUGAGCCCAGCCCAGGUCUGUCACGGCUGGCUUGGCUCAGCUGGCUGCCUACGCUGCUGCUACAGCUCAACACACUGGACCCUCAAGUCCGGCCUGGGUGCCUCCCAUGUGAUCUCUUUGUCCUUCACCCUCUAGACAGCUCCGAAGAGCUCAACCCUCCUCCGAGUCUCUCCUGCCCCCCUUCUUCCCAGGUGGCCCAGCCCUUGCCCGCAGGGCUGCCCCCAGCACAGGUUGCUGGACCUCAUGCUACCUGGAACCUUGGGAAGAAGGGCUUUGGGAGAGAAUGUGUUGCAGUGGUGGAGGGCCAGGCUGAGCGUCGGCCUGGAUGCAGGAUUUGGACAGAUUAAAUGCCAGGUGGAGCACC